GAAAGAAGCUAGGGUUUUGUUUUGAAAGCAUUAUUCUCUUCCUCCCGUCUCUCAAAAUCUCUAGAAUCCAUGGCCAACACAAUGGCUCGGUCGUUUCUUCAAGUGGCGGCUACGGAGGAGGUUGCUUCGCCGCUCCGAGUAGUUCAGAUCGAGGGACUGGUUAUAUUAAAGAUAAUCAAACACUGCAAGGAGUUUUCACCUGCGUUGGUCACAGGCCAACUCCUUGGGUUAGAUGUUGGCAGUGUUCUUGAAGUCACUAAUUGUUUCCCAUUCCCGAUCCGAGAAGAGGAUGAGGAGAUUGAAGCAGAUGGCGCUAAUUAUCAGCUUGAAAUGAUGAGAUGCUUGAGAGAGGUUAAUGUUGAUAAUAACACUGUUGGAUGGUACCAAUCAACUUUGUUGGGUUCUUUUCAGACAGUAGAACUGAUUGAGACAUUUAUGAAUUACCAGGAGAACAUAAGACGAUGUGUGUGCAUUAUUUAUGAUCCCUCAAGGUCCAAUCAAGGUGUCUUAGCUCUCAAGGCCUUGAAGCUUUCUGAUUCUUUUAUGGAACUUUAUCGCAACAACAAUUUUACUGGAGAGAAGUUGAGGGAGAAAAAUUUGUCAUGGGUCGAUAUCUUUGAGGAAAUACCUAUCAAAGUGUCAAACUCUGCCCUUAUCAGCGCCUUUAUGACAGAGCUGGAAGCGGAUACACCGGUGACCCAGUGUGAUUAUGAUCGGCUACAAUUGUCAACCAAUCCAUAUAUGGAGAGGAAUCUAGAAUUUUUGAUUGAAUGCAUGGAUGACUUGUCAAUGGAACAACAGAAGUUCCAAUACUACUAUCGCAACCUGUCACGUCAGCAAGGACAGCAGCAGGCAUGGCUUCAGAAGAGAAGGGCAGAGAACAUGGCUCGUAAAACUGCAGGAGAAGACCCCUUGCCUGAGGAGGAUCCUACAAACCCCAUCUUUAAGCCAAUCCCUGAGCCAUCACGGUUGGAUAGCUUUCUUAUAACAAAUCAAAUUUCCAACUACUGCAACCAGAUUAAUGGGGUUGCUGGACAGAGCUUCAGCAGAUUGUACUUGAUGAAGGCAUUGCAUGAGAAUUGAUCGGGAAGUUCUGGAAAGAUGAUUAAUUAUUCAUCGCCACUCAUCAGUAGGAAUAUUUCACUUGAAUCUUAAACAGAUUAUCCUGCAUAGACUGGUCCCCCAGAUUGAGAGACGAAGAUUCAAUCCAGAGCUUUGUGAUCUUGUUUCAUUAUUCUCUAUAUUUCCAUUAUUUUUGUUCUAGAUUUCACACAGCCUGCCUGAGAAGCAAUUUUGGAUAUUAAAGUUAAGAAGCUUUUAUAUGAAGUAGUGUUUUUCAUAUGAAUGCCAAGUAACUGUGAAUUGCACUGGGCCUUGCCCUGUUUGAAUUAUCUUUUGAAGUUUUAAUUUUACUUUUUUGUUUGUUUUUUC